UACAAAUCCGUUUGUUCUCCUGUUUCUCCAGAUCUACCCGACGCUCUCUUUCCCUUGCUUCUGUUGGAUCACCGCCCAUGAAAGCCCUAGAAAAUCAGCAACAAGGAGGAGUUACUCAAUAAGGAAGAAUACCAAUCUCCCGGUCUUCCUCAGAAAUCGAAUUUCUUUCUCCCCAACUGCGAAAUACACCAGUGAGGAGAACCAGUUUGAUAUGGGUAUUGGCAAAAACUGCAAGGGGUCCAUCACCAAGGCUUCUUCCUCCGCUGCGUCCUCCUCCUCCUCUUCUCCUCCUUCCAUUACCACCUCCACCUCCCUCACGCACACCAUCAAUGGCUUCCACCACUUCAACAUCAACGGCUACUCGCUGUCUAAGGGCAUGGGCGUCGGCAAAUACAUAGCUUCGGACAUAUUCAUGGUAGGCGGCUAUUCGUGGGCUAUUUACUUCUAUCCUGACGGCAAGGGCCCUGAGGACAACUCGGCGUAUGUCUCCCUGUUCAUCGCUCUCGCCAGCGAGGGAACCGACGUUAGGGCACUUUUCGAAUUGACCCUCUUGGAUCAGAGCGGGAAGGGCAAGCAUAAGGUUCACAGUCAUUUUGGGAGGACGCUGGAGAGUGGACCAUACACGCUCAAAUAUCGGGGAAGCAUGUGGGGUUACAAGCGCUUCUUCAAGAGAUCUAGUUUAGAAGUGUCUGACUAUCUUAAAGAUGAUAGCCUCUCAGUGCAUUGUAGUGUUGGCAUCGUCCGAUCACACACCGAAGGACCAAAAUUUUCUGCAAUUCCAAUACCACCCUCUGACAUUGGACAUCAUUUUGGUCAGCUCUUGGAGACUGAAAAGGGCACAGAUGUGAGUUUUGUGGUUGAUGGAGAGACAUUUGCAGCCCACAAGUUGGUACUUGCUGCACGUUCACCUGUAUUUCGAGCUCAGCUUUUUGGGCCAAUGAAAGAUCAGAAUACAAGUGUCAUAGAGGUUGAAGACAUGCAAGCACCUGUUUUCAAGGCUUUACUCCAUUUUGUAUACUGGGAUUCACUUCCUGAUAUGCAAGAACUUGUAGGCGUUGAAUCAAAAUGUGCUUCAACAUUAAUGGCACAACAUCUGCUAGCAGCUGCAGACCGCUAUGGCAUAGAGAGACUAAGGCGACUUUGUGAAGUUAUGCUCUGCGAGGAAGUUAGUAUAAACACGGUUGCAACAACAUUAGCCCUUGCAGAACAGCAUCACUGUGUUCAGCUUAAAGCAGUUUGUCUCAAAUUUAUUGCAAUGCCAGCAAAUCUGAGAGCUGUCAUGCAAACUGAGGGCUAUGAGUAUUUGAGAGAGAGUUGCCGGUCUGUGUUGAGUGAGCUCUUGGAGUAUGUUGCAAAAAUCAAUCAGCACUCGAUCAUCCGCAGCAGACAUGCAAAUGAAUCUCUGGAUGGGAGUGAUGACAAUGGAAGAAGGGUGAAGCAACGGUCCUAGUGUUGGAAGAACUCUGGCGUGCUUUGCAAAGCGUGCUGUCUUAAUGUUUUUUUCAUUGUGCUACCGAUGUGUAAAAUUUGUCCAUUUGACAUGUCAAUGUGGUGUAAGAAAUUUCAUGUGAAGCGGGGAAGUGUCCAUCGAAUCUUGCACCACUGCCGUAAAUGCCACCAUUAUGACUGAACUGGUAUUGUAUAUGGUAGAUCCUCUGAGGUACCUGUGGAUUCAGCACUAAUCGUCUCACUUGGAUUCAAAUUCACAACUUGGAAA